AUGACCGUUCUCGUCACUGCGUUUACCACAAUGACUGCGGCCUCCGUCUGUUCGUCAUUCCCUUACAGUGACCUGCUCCCGCUUUCCAAAGUUCCGGCGGCGAUGAGCUUCUGUUCAAGCCGUUACCCAGUAGCGUGUACGGCUGCGCCGACGACCACAAAUGUCAAGAAGGGAAGGGCCGUCACCACAUCGUCGACGAGGACCACUUCACCGACGACACUCACUACUAGCACGACCACCAGUGCAAAUGCACUCGCGACGCUGUUCUCGAAACUGCAAACAUUAGCCGCCGGCAUCGCUAAAACAGCCUGUUCCUGCAUCGAGACAGCCCCCACUUGUACUCGUAGCACAACCAGCUCGACCAGCUCCACUACCUCUACUACCUCCGUUCUAUCCUGCGCAGCCACCGUCCCGACACCAUUCGCCACGACCUCUAGCUGCUGCGACCCUCUUCCCAGCGCGAGCGUGACCUGGACUUUCACCUACACUUCCUCCGCUGUGCUUCCCACCUACGGCACGGUGCUUUACGGCUACGACUACGCUCCCUCCGUCGUCCUGUAUGGAUCUACAGGCUACAAUGGUGCCCAGACUAUUGCGCCCACCUGCACCACGUCGGCCGUGGAUUUCUCCAGCUGUGUCGGUUUCGCCCAAGCGAUGACUCUCCUGCAGUACUACAACAAGUUCGUCUACAACAAGGUGACGGAGGACUGUUGCGUAUAUGGUGGCACGGAUUUGGCCAGUUUUUGCGGCAGCGUGUUCUGCGAGGACCCGGACUUCAUCUCAGGGGUUUUCCAGGCGCAUGGAAUGGGACCGCAGUGUCAGAAACAGGUCACUUUGACGGCGUCGGCGCCCGCGGCUACGACAUCUUAG